CUCACGCCGCAUCUCUAAAACCUCUCCAAUUUCUCCGGCGGUUUCACCUCACCGGCAAUCACAUUACCUUCAUCUAUGUACAACUGAUUCCUCUGUUUACGACAAGGGUAUCAAUAAAAAAAUGGCUUCAAGAGCGAUUGUUAGGAGAAAGAGUCAAAUUUAUGAUUACUUAAGUGUCUAUGCUCGUUCAGCUCAGACAGUUAAUUCACAUACUUAUCACUCUCUUAUCAAACACCCUCCCGUGGAAACUAACCGUGUAGCCAAAGACACUUCCUUUACAGGAGGAUAUGGUCUUUUAUUACCUUCUAGCAACAGAUAUUUCAAUGGUUCUUCUCAGUUGUCGGGGAUUAGGUUUGGAAAUUUGGAAACUGUUCCUUCUCUGGGGAUGAGGUAUAUGAGUGUAUCUAUACGUAAUGCUACUACGGUUGCAGCUAAGAAGCCUGAAGAAGAAGAGGAUAAGAAAGAUGUGAGUAGGAAAGAGGCGUCUCCUGAGGAGUGUGACCAAGCUGUUGAGAGUUUGAGCAGUGUUAAAGCUAAGGCUAAAGCUAAACGUUUACAAGAAUCCAAAAAGGUUGCUAGGUCGAUUGUGCAGAGGACAUGGGUGUUUGUUCUCAAGAUUGGUCCUGCUUUGAGAGCUGUUGCCUCCAUGAGCAGGGCGGAUUGGGCGCUAAAGCUUAGUCAUUGGAAACAUGAGUUUGUGUCAACGUUGAAGCAUUAUUGGCUGGGGACGAAACUGCUGUGGGCUGAUACUAGGAUUAGUUCAAGGUUGCUGCUUAAGUUGGCUGGUGGGAAGAGUCUUUCUAGAAGAGAAAGGCAGCAGCUUACUCGAACUACAGCUGAUAUCUUUAGAUUAGUGCCGUUUGCUGUGUUUAUUCUUGUGCCGUUUAUGGAGUUUCUGUUGCCUGUUUUCUUGAAGCUGUUCCCUAAUAUGUUGCCGUCUACUUUCCAGGACAAGAUGAAAGAAGAGGAAGCAUUGAAAAGGAAGUUGCUUGCUAGGAUAGAAUACGCUAAGUUUCUUCAGGAAACGGCUAAAGAGAUGGCUAAGGAAGUUAAACAUUCAAGAACUGGUGAAACAAAGAAAACUGCUGAAGACCUGGUUGAGUUUCUAGACAAGGUUCGUAAAGGUCGACUAGUCCAAAAUGAUGAGAUUUUAGGCUUUGCAAAGCUUUUCAACGAUGAGCUUACUUUGGAUAAUAUUAGCAGGUUUGUUGCUUCUUUUCUUUUGAACCUCAGAGAUACAUGUUCUGAUACUAAUGACCUCUUUGUUUUGAAUAACAGGCCUCGCUUGGUUAGCAUGUGUAGAAUCAUGGGUAUUAGCCCAUACGGAACAGAUGCUUAUCUGCGAUAUAUGCUCAGGAAAAGACUGAGGAGCAUUAAGGAAGAUGAUAAACUGAUUAGAGCUGAGGGUGUGGAUUCCCUUUCAGAAGCCGAGCUACGCGAAGAUUGCAGGGAACGUGGAAUGCUGGGGACGCUUACAGUUGAAGAGAUGAGGCAACAGCUUCGAGACUGGAUGGACUUGUCACUUAAUCACUCUGUCCCCUCAUCAUUACUAAUCCUUUCUAGGGCAUUCACGGUUGCCGGAAGAGUUGAAGCAGAUGCUGUCCGUGCAACUCUUUCUUCUCUUCCUGACGAGGUUGUGGAUACUGUUGGUGUUACGUCUCUGCCAUCUGAAGACCCUGUAUCUGAGCGACUAAGGAAACUAGAGUACCUUGAGAUGCAAGACGAAAUGAUCAAGAAAGAGGAGGAGAAAGAAGAAGAAGAGCUUACGAGGAUUAAGGAUGUUAAAGGCGGUGAAGAGGAUAAGGCUCUGCAAGAGAUGACCAUACCAACUGCCAGGGAAGCACAAGAACAAGCUAGAGCUAGAGUCCUUGAACAGCAAGAUGAUCUUUGCAAACUCAGUCAUGCACUGGGCAUUUUAGCUUCUGCUUCUUCUGUAUGUAGAGAGCGUGAAGAAUUCCUGCGGCUGGUUAAGAAAGAGGUGGAGUUCUAUAACACAAUGGUUGAGAGAGAAGACGUUGAUGGUGAAAAAGCUGCAAUGAAAGCAUACAAAGCAGCUAGAGAAGAUAGUGACCAAGGUGAUGAAGUUGCUGAAGCAGACGAGGUUUCCUCUGCACUAAUGGAAAAGGUUGAUGGUCUGAUACAAAACCUGGAGAAGGAGAUUGAUGAUGUGGAUAUCAAAAUUGGGAAAGGAUGGCAGCUUCUUGAUAGGGAUCGAGAUGGAAAGGUCACACCUGAUGAAGUUGCAGCUGCUGCGAUGUACCUGAAAGACACGCUAGCUAAUGAAGGCCUUCAACAACUAAUCAGUAGUCUCUCUAAAGAUAAAGAGGGAAGAAUUAUGGUGGAAGAUAUUGUAAGGUUGGGGAGGUUGGGAAGUAAGCCAGAAGAAAAUGCAACAGAAGAAGAAUCAAAUUAA